AGUCAAGCAAAGGUACCCAAGCAGAAGUCAAGUCUUCCAAGCUCUCCAACAAAGAUCGUCGAGGCUCUUUCUUCACUGCGCAAAGGCUCUUCUGUUCAAUUUUCCAUCAGAUCAGUCGGCCAUGGCGGAUCACCACCAACACCAUCUACACCGCCCUCAUCGUCUCUCUCUUCCUUCACGCACCGCCCCAACCACCACUCUCAUCACCCCUUCCUCAACAAGACCCUCCUACCCUGUCUUCCCAUACCCUCCUUCUACCCCAAUCCCUACUCCCUCCAAACACCGCCUCGCCUCUCUCUCUUCUAUCAACAAACGACCCACCAGAACAUCCUCUCUCUCCUUCCUAUUCCUUCUCCUCUUCUCCCUCCGGUCUCUCUACUCUCUCCUCCCUUUCCUCCGAUCAUCCUCAUCCUCUUUCUCUCUCUUCCCUUUCUCUUUCCUCGUCUCUCUACUCUCUUUUCUCCUCACUCUCGCCUCCUCGUUCUUCACCUCCUCAUCGUCUCCCUCGAAAGACCCUUUCCGCCAAAAACAAAACCAACCCAUUUUCUCUCUCACCUUAAUUACCCAAUCUCAGCAUAGACUUCUUUUAGGCAAAUCUAUUCUACUUGCUAUAGUCUUUCUCCUUCGAUUCCAAGCCCUUCGAUAUUGCGGCACCGCAGCGAUGAUCCUUGCGGAAUUGUCUGGAAAUGUGGCGGCAAGGUUCGUCGCCGAGGUUCGAAAUCGGAAUUUUAUUAGUCGGGAUCGAUAUGGAUCGUCAAAGGUUCGUGGGUUUUUUGCCUUGAUUCUUGGGUUGGUUUUGUUUUCUGUGAGUUGGGAUCGAAUUGAAUGCUUUCCUCUGUCUUCUAUGAAUCUUAAUAAAUUCGGCUUUUCGGUGAUUCCCAAUGAAAAUUGUGUUAGGGUUUGGCCAAUGUUGCUACCUUUUCUGUGUGGGUUUUUGGGCUGUUACGAGCAUGUUUCGAUGAAUUGGGGGACAAUUAAGGACCUGGGUAGAAAACGGGUUCGAUUGAUUUCACUAUUUUUCACCACUGUUGUGCUUUUCUUUCCUGCUGUUAUUAGCAUGCUAGUGUUUGAAGCAGAGGGAGAUAGUGUUUCCCUUACCAAUCUUGGAUGGCCUUUGGCAAAUACUGUUGUGUUUGGAGUACUUUUGAGUGAGAAUUACACUGAUGAGAAGCUAGUGAGUUCCAAAGAUUUUCAGAGAGAAUUUCUUGUCACAUUUGUCUGUACUCUUGUUUUGGAGCUGUUCUAUUUUCCUGAACUUUCGCUCUGGGGAUUGUUAAUCUGUGGUUUACUGCUUUGGAUUGCUGUCAGAGAAUUGGAUCCUGUGUAUUCUAGUUAUCCUGAACUUGGGUUGGAAUCAUCGGAAUCGUUUACUGCCUCUAUUAUGAAACCUAUCCGCCACAUUUUAAGUGAAAGAAAGUCCCGUAAGAUUGCUCUUUUCCUUUUGAUCAACGCUGCUUAUAUGGUUGUGGAAUUUGUUGUUGGGUUUACGAGCAAUAGUCUUGGUUUGAUAUCGGAUGCAUGUCACAUGUUGUUUGAUUGUGCUGCUUUGGCAAUUGGAUUGUAUGCUUCCUAUAUUUCACGGUUGCCAGCAAACAGUCAAUUUAAUUAUGGUCGUGGGAGAUUUGAGGUCCUUUCAGGAUAUACGAAUGCAGUUUUCUUGGUUCUGGUUGGAGCAUUAAUUGUGCUGGAGUCAUUUGAGAGAAUUUUGGAACCUCAAGAGAUUUCAACCAGCAGUCUACUGACUGUGUCAAUUGGAGGGCUUUUUGUAAAUGUGAUUGGUCUGAUCUUCUUUCAUGAAGAGCAUCAUCAUUCCCAUGGUGGAUCUGGAUCAUGUUCACACUCGCAUUCUAACUCACACUCCCAUUCCAACUCUAACCACGAGCACGAGCACCAUUCACAUGACCAUGUUGGACAUGAUCACAGUAAACAUCCAGAGUGCAUCACCGUUAUUCAUAGCUGCAAUGAGAAAUCAUGUUCAGGCCAUCAUGACCAUUUUGGUGGUGAUCAUGAGCACCAUGACUGUAGUGACCACCACAAUAGUGAUUAUGCAGAAGACCACAAACAGAGUUGUUCACAGAGCCAUGAUCAUGGUCAUCACCAUGACGAUGGGCAACAACAUAACGACCACACCCACAACCACUACCUUCAUCAUCCUCAUGAUAAUGCUAACCACCAUGUCCAUGGAGUCAUCCCCAUUAGUUCUUCAACUAGUUCAGAUGGCCAACCCAUUGAAGGUCAUGUGAGAGCAGAUUUGCCUGCCCUCAUAGAUUCUCAUAGACAUGUUGAUCAGACUUCUUCCAAUGCAGAGGAACCACACAAGCACCACCACCACCAUAUUGAUCACAACAUGGAGGGCAUUUUCUUGCAUGUCUUGGCAGACACUAUGGGAAGUGUUGGGGUGGUCGUUUCAACCCUCUUAAUUAAGUACAAGGGAUGGCUUGUUGCAGACCCUGCAUCCUCAAUAUUUAUUUCUGUAUUGAUUGUAUCUUCUGUAAUCCCUUUGCUCAAGAACUCUGCUGAAAUUUUGCUACAGAGAGUUCCAAGGGCUCAUGAGCAGGAUCUGAAGGCAGCUGUAAACAAUGUCAUGAAGAUUAAGGGGGUGUGUCGGAUUCAAAACUUGCAUGUCUGGAGUUUCACAAACACAGAUGUUGUGGGGACUAUCCAUCUUCAUGUCUCCGCGGUAACAGAGAAGGCUUCUGCGAAGGCACAGGUGUCACGCAUAUUACAUGAUGCUGGAAUCAAGGAUUUGACAAUACAGGUGGAAUGUGUCAGAGAAUAAUCAAGGGAAUGACUUCUGAUAUAGUUUUCUCCUUCUUGGUCAUGUUCAGCUGAUGCUAAAAUUUUCUGAUCAAUUUGGAGAAUCGAUGGCAAAUAUGAUAAACUCCAGCAGAAACAUCACUGGAGCGUGUGAAUAUGUUUUUUCCAUGCUCUACUGGUAUGCUGUUCUUGGAUCCAAAUAUGGUUAAAGAUUUGUGCAAGAAGUUAUGGAUUUAUCACGCCAGUGUGUAAUAUUUUCUUCUUGCAAUAUCAUAUGCGAGGAACGAUAGUUCUGUCAUAAGAUCAAGCGGAUUACAUAAAAGAGACAUGCAGGUCGCCCUGACUUAUAUAUUCGUAUGUUGGCUGUAAGGAUAGAUGCAGAAGGUUGAAUCAUUGGCAUGGUGUGUACUGGGAAGCUUUCCAUUUUGCUCGUGAUACAUGAGACCCUGCAAGAAGUUAUCAAACAAAAUUUUAUGUUCUCCAUUCCUUGAUAAAUUUUCUUCCUUUUAUGUGUGUUGGGUUGGAGGAAUCCCCACAUACACGAAAACGUAUGUUUUGAAUUUGAAAUUGUAACACAAAUCUCUCAUGUACGUAAUCGUCGAUUGAUUGCCGAUUGUAACAUCAAAUAUAUUUGUAAUUUGAGUAAAGGUUUAGUGUCAUUUGAUUUGAAUAAAAAAUUAAAUAUUUCUUGAUUUGGUCG